GCUCCGGGUCAGGGUGACGUUUUGUCAGAUCCGUAGACAAACCUUGGCCUGUAGCAACCUCGGCCCGGGGGCUGACAAGCCGUCAAGAAAACAAAAGGCCAAUGUUUCAGCAACACCCCCUGUCUGGUUUCGCUGCCUCCUUUCCCCACGCUGCCUACUCGUACCUGCUUGGAAGAUUUCGGGGAAAAGAUCCCGAGUUGACGUACGGGGCGAUAGCAGGGACAGGACAGGUCGAAGCGUUUUGCGAAGUGGAUUCUCUCGUUAUUUUCUUUUUGUUUUUGUGGUGCGGCCCCCAGAGGAAGGGAACGCUUUCCCUCCAUGGUUGACCGCUCUCGGUGCGUGUGUGCAUGGUGCGGGUUUUGCCAAACAGUUUUUCGUUCACAGCAGAGUGGUGAAUCCAUUCUAAAGCCCUUCCCUGCACAACAGGGGCAACGUUUUCCCUCCUUGUGUGUGUGUUAGUGAGUUGAAGAACUAUCUAAAGGAGUGGGGCAACGCGGAAAGCAUGCCGACCUGGCGUCGGCUCCUGUAACAACAGCACACACAGCAACACACACACACACAGUCAGUGCCGCGGUUUCGGCCGCUCCUGCCUCCAGCCUGAUGAACCGCCACGGGAACACGCCCGGGCGACCGGUCGAUCCGGGCCAUCUGUACGCUGCGCUGAUGUCGGACGGAGGCCAGCUGCCGGGCGCGUUCGUGCCGGGCGGCAACGCGUUCUCGCUCGCCCACUACCAGAACAUGCCGAACGAUCAGGUCGACUGGGCCGCGCUCGCCCAGCAGUGGAUCAAGAUGCGCGAAACCUGGAUCCAGCCAAUGCCCAGCCUGAUACCGUCGCCGCCCCCGCCGCCCUCCUUCGACCGGGACGAUGGGGACGGUGGGCCGGCGGUGCAGGCCGGUCGAAUGGAACCGCUCCAUCAACACCAUCAACACCAUCAACAGCAGCCGCAGCAGCAGCAGCACCACCUCCAGCGCCACCCACAGCCGCUGGACCAGUACGAGGAACAGGGCGAAGCGCCGAUGGAGGUUGAGCGGGAGGACGACGGGGAUAUGCCGCUACCCCCACAACCGCCCACGAUUUCCGCCGGCGGCUGGCCCACGACCGACGGGCCGCCGGGCUGGCGAGCGGGCUGGCCGUCGGCGGCGGGCGGUCCCACCCCCACCCAUAACAGUGGCAGUGGGCCGCACCACCACCUGGCCGGGGGCGAGAAGGCUGGCGUGGGUCUGGUGCCGCCGCCGCCGCACCCGACCGUGCAGCCGCCGCUCGUGAACGAAUCGGCCUCGGCUGCCGUCGCCCUGUGGCAGGCCAAAAACAGUCACCUCUUCCAGAUGGGCCAGCCGAAGGAGGAGGCGGUCGCCGGCCGGCCGCCGAUGAUGGGCGCAGCCGGUGCACCGCCGCCGGCCGCCCGCCGUGGCUUUAGCUCCUCCCAGCCCGCCAAACCGGCCCGGCCGCUGCCGGGCUUGAUGGAUCGCGAAAUCAAGAUGGGCCACGCCGGUGCUGCGUCCACGUCCUCCUCCUCCACGGCAAACGAUGGGGCGCGGCACGAGGCGAAGGAUGGGUUCGGCGGGGCGGCCUCGAUCAACGAGGAAAAGCGCAUGAUGCUGCCCGCCUGGAUCCGGGAGGGGCUGGAAAAGAUGGAGCGGGAAAAGCAGCAGAAGCUGAAGCGCGAACAGGAGCGGCGGCUGUGGGCGGAGAAGGUGGAAAGCGAGCAGAGUCGCUUCUCGCUGUCGCCGCCGCCGGAGGAACCAAGCGCAGCGCUGAUCAUGGAGAAGCAUCAGCAGCAACAGCAGCAGAACCAGCAGCAGCAGCAGCAGCAGUAUCAGCAACCACUGCUACAAGAGCAACAGCCUGAGCCUGAAGAGGCCCCACCGAAGCGCCGGGAAACGGUGGAGCUAAAGGAGGAGGAUGUGGAGAAAAUGACGAAAAAGAUUUUGACUGAGAUUUUUAUGGACACGACCAACGAGGUGCUAACGGCCAUCGCCAAGGAGGAGCUCGGCAAGGUGCAGAAGCGCAAAGCCAAGCAGGCCGUUACCGUCACCACCAACGUUGGGCUCGCAACAGCAGCCGGUGGAUUAGGUUUGGGUAUUUAUUGUGAUAGCGAUGAGGAGGAGGAAGAGGAGGAGGAAGAGGCCGAGACGGGUGAUGGCCGAAGCAAAAAGUCUACAGGUGCGGACAAUGUCUCGGACAAUGGCAGCGAUCACCACUCCUCCGACGAUGAUGCGUCCGAUUCGGAAGCAAUGCGACGAAUGAUGGAAAAAAUACGCAUCCGGCAGCAGGAUUUCAAGGCCACGGCGGCACUGAUCGAGAAGUGGCUCGAGGAUGUGUGCGAGUAUUCGCCGGCCACGGCCGAAUUGCAACGCGCGGCUGCUGCCGGCGGCUCGGAGGAGGACGGCUCGGAGGAUGGCGACCAAAGGGAUGGGGACGGAACGGCGGACGGGUUGGAUUCCGAUCCGGACCGGGAGUCAGCCCGUACGGUGGGCAACAAUGGGUACGGCAACUUUGGAAAGCCGCUGUUUGGUGCCAAGCACGGAGAGGAGCAGCAGCAGCAGCCACCAAGCGGCAGCCGAAUGCAGGAGAGUGUGGCACGCAAGCGACGCGACAAGCGUGUAUCGCGGUUCAGUGACCCGCGGGACACGGUGCGCACGACGCACAUUACGCACGUGUCGAUCCUGUCCGCCGCAGCCGCCGCUAGCCUGCCGCCGGCCAAGGCAGAGGAACCGGCGGGUGGCGGGAGCGUGAUACCCACCCCGACCGCCACCACCACCAUCGCGAUCCCCGCCGCCGCUGCCGCCGCGUCCGUGCGGCCCCCCAAGACGACCACUGCGCCCCGGCUGACGGCCGCCCAGCGCUCCGUCAAUCCCUACUUUAACGUGCCGACUUACCAAACGAUAUACAGCAUCAGCGGCGGGUCUGCGCAGGCCAAGGGCAAAGCGGACCAGCCAGACCAGCUGGCCAACAACACCUCCUGCACCACCAACACCACCAAAGAGGGCGACGGGCGGUCCAGCGGACACCACCAGGAGCGGAAGAAAUCGCCGGCGGACGAGCGGGACGGCUACCACCACCGGAAGCGGCACCGCCGGGAUCGGUCCCACACCCGGUCGUCGCACAGUUCGCGCACGAGCUACGCGUCCGGCCGGUCGGGGUCGGCCGACUCGCGCACCUCCCGAUCGCCGUCGCCGACCGAUGGCCGCCAGCAGCGGAGCCGUCGGUCCCGGUCCGGCACGCGACAUUCGUCCUCGUCGCGCCGCUGGCACCGGUACGAUCGGGACCGGUCGUCCUCCCGGGGUCGUUCGCGGUCGCCUGGCACGCGGCACCGGCGCCGCAAGCGCAGCAAGCGCUCCCGGUCCCGGUCCCGGUCCCGCUCUCGCUCCUCGUCCAAAUAUUCUUCCCGUCGACGGUUCUAGACACCGUUUGUGUGUUCCGCACGUGUGGCAGUUUUGUCUCUAUUUGGUUUUCGGAAGGGCGGAGGCUUUACUUUCACGUGCCCUGCCCUUGCCCUUCCCUUGCGAAUUCCCAACCCCGUAUGAAACAGGGAGACAAGAACGGUUUGCGGUGCGGUGUCAGAAAUCCUUGUGUGAUAAAUUAGGGAAACGUAUGUAUAAACACACACACACACAUUCACACAUACAGACCUUUUCAAACACACACACACAAUUAGUAAGCACGUGGCAGGUUGUCCUUAAGACGCAAACGAGGCACAUGUUUAAAGACAAGCAGUUAGGUAGAGCAACUAUUAAAACAAAACUAACUUGCAUUAGGCGAACCGAACAAUCGAGCCGGAAUUAAAAGGCCCCGCACGUUUGAUUCGCCUAUUUAGUGUAUUAUUUAGGGGUAGAAUUUCCAAACAUAUUACAUCCAAUCGCCAGAUCACGUCCCGAGAUAGACAGAAAGCCACGGGGGAGAAAAGGAAAAGCAAAAGCAACAGCAAUUAUCAAUUGUUCAUGUUUCCAAACAUCUGUCUUCGUCAAUAUUUUAGCUCUGUUAACUAGUGAUGGGCGGGUCUACCCGAACCGAACGUGUCUACGCUACCGUACGUGGUCGUAAUUCUGAUCUGUAUUGUGUCCAAUUAAAGUCCAAUUAAACAAAAACAAGCAAACUUGCGGCUUAAAAAGAAACUCAUUUUCAGUGUUGUUGUGAUGUAGCCCUUGUUAUUACAGGGUUUUUUUUCCAAAUCAUUUUCGAAAGUAAACAUUGUUAUUCACCGCGUGCGAUAUGUUAUUCCACAUCGAUCUGACAUUUAAUUUCCAUCAUAUAGGGUUUUCCUCAAGUAACAUUCGAAUGUUCUUCUUCUAUUUGUCGUAACGUCUUACGCGGACAUGCCGGCCUAUACAGGCUUUAGAGACUUAAUUCAUUACCACGCAGCCACGCAGUCAAUUCUUUGCUAUGGGGGGGGGGGACGGUCCAUUCUAGGCUUGAACCCAUGACGGGGAUGUUAUUGAAUCGUUCGAAUGCAUGUAUUCGAAUGUACACAUAAUUAUUCACCGCCUCCCAGAUGUUUUUCACCAGCUGUCAAAUAGUGUAUUCAAAAUGAAAUUUCAGUUUUUACACAUGAUUUUCAACACAUCGCAUCACAACUGUCAAACUCAAUCCAACUUGUUGGACGUGUUGAAAAACAUGAAAAAAAAAUUAAAAAUUACGAGAUGAAAUAUCGGAUUGAUGUUGAUUAACAUCUCGCACGCGGUGAAUAACAUCGUUUACAUUCGAAACUGACUUGGAAAACCCUGUAACAAUUUUGAAUUUCUUUAGCAUGAUUUUCAACACCUCUACAGGCUGCUUCUAUGGUUUUUUUUACUCCGGGGUUCGAAGCCAGAUCGUAUCACCCAUUGAUAGUUAAAGUGUUGAAAAUCAUGCUGAAGAAACUAAAAAAAAUAUGAUGGAAAUGAAAUGUCACAUCGAUGUGGAAUAACAUUUUGCACGCGGUGAAUAACGAAUUUUACAUUCGGAACUGACUUGGAAAACCCAGUAUCACCGCGCGAGGGUUUAGUUUAAUUUUGAAUAGCUUUCGCCUGAAUGAGAUAAUUUAUUUGUAUUGAAUUACUGAAGAGGCCGCAAAAGCGUUAAAAAGAGCUUUGUUUUGAGUAUUUUUUUUAAAUUAAUUCAAAAAUAAUACUUCCAUGCAUCAAAAGCUAAAUAUUUAAAUUAAUCAAUGGGUUAGAUUUGCUGUUAUCUGAAUUAAUAACAUGGAAAUCGUGUCUUUUUGCUUUUCUGAUUGCGAAUUCUCGAAAUCAUUUAAAUUAGUUUACUCUUUACUAUCAGAUCACUAUCGGGCAACUUUUGGCAGUUUUUUUCAAAAUUUAAUUUUACCCUUGCGAGAUCUUUCUAUUCGCUGCUUAAGAUGCAGAUUAUAUGUGGAUAGUAUUAGUUUUAGAACACCACUGAGUCAGGUGCAACAAUCUUUACAUUAAAGAGCGACGGACAGAGCGAUCACAGGAUGAAUGGUAGGGAAAAGCUCCCAAACAAUCAAACGAAAGUGGGGAACGAAUAACACGUAUAAGUCACAAGUCGAGAGAAAUCAAAUAAGCCGCGUUAAACGUUAAACGGACGUAUGUUUGCUUCCGUUUUUUUCUUUUCCCCGUAUAUAUACAUAUGAAUAUUUAUCUGUACAGACACGUGUUACUCUUAAUGGUUUUCCUUUCUUUUGCAACGAUUGACCGGUGUUAAACGGGAGGAAAAGCAAUAGGCGAGUUUUGUUGUGCCGGCACCGUGUGGCUCCCUUUGAAUCUUCGCAACUUUAGUCGACUCUACCCCUUGCGCACCGAAAGCGAGAAAACCAACUGAGAAACCAAGAUUGUAGCUUCCCGUUUUGACAUUGGGCCUGUGCACGCGUGUACUACCGAUUUAUUACUUACGAAACACUCUUUCAACACCGUUUUCUCAAUAAUCUCUAUCAGUAAUUUAACAAGUGCACAGACAGACAGUCCAGACAGAUGAAAAAGAAACGCACCCAUUUACUCACCGCACACGCAGGACGAGUGUUCUGCGUGCAGGGAAGAGCAAGCGAGUAGAAGAGGAGAAAGAUUAAAGAUGUAACAAACAAACCCAAAACUAAGCAAGAAACAGUUAGAUUUUCGCUCUCCGGUCUCUUCUUGGCGCUCCGCGUACAAAAGCAAGUGGUUUUUAUCGAAGCAAAUAGAAAUAAUAACUCCAACCAUGAA